AUGGAGGGGACGUGGUGCAGUGGCUCAACUGCCCAGAGCUCCUUCCCCACUAACAUUGAGAGUUUCUCAUCUCGACACCAAGUCAACCAGACGUCGAUGGUUCCAUUAAAACCUCUGGAACGCGUCUAUGAAGGCCGUGUGGGUGGAUUUCUAUCCGAAAAGAGUCGCAUCCACUUGUGCAUCGCGUCCGACGGGACUUUACACGGCGAAGUUCGCCAAAAGCAGCCAAGCCCGCGAGCUCUAGUCAACGGGAAGAAACGCAAACGUCGAGUAGUUGCCGACCACCCGGACGGCAUUGUCAUUGCUCACGUUAUGGGCAAUGCACAGGCCGUUCCACUCGAAGAGGCAGUAGUGUCGUCUUGUUCCAGGACUGUCAGUUGCGAUGGCACCUCAGCAGCGGAGUAUUGUUGCGCCUUUGAGGUCACUAAGAGACGCAAUCAUGUGGACCGACACACACUCACGUGUCAUUUGCAUGUUCCAGUGGCACCCGACGCCCCAGCAGUAGGUACAUGGAGGUUUUUCAAGGAAUCGUCGGAGGAGCAGAAAGUGUUCCAACUGCAGCCUGUGGAAUGGUAUCAACGUCAACAAGAAGCGGAGAAGGCCGAGAAAGAGGCAGCCAUGAUGCAGUCCAGAGAACCAUCCCUGUUGUACCCUUUGAGACCUGGGAAGUACGAAUUCAAAGGCUUCACGACGUAUGACACGCCGUCUGUAGCUGCUGCAGUCGUGCCGAGACAGAGAAGUGGACGAAGAGGACGUCCAGUCAUGACUACAGUAAAGGAUGAGUGUCUAGUCUCGUUACGCUUGUUACCGGAUGGUACACUACGUGGAACGUCUCGAGAAGUGGUACAGCCUCAGGUGUGUCCAUUGAAAGGGCGCUGGCAAGCCAACCGAGUCGCCUACGUGCUCGAGUACCAUGUUCGUGAAGCUGUGGGCCAUUUCCGCUAUUCGGGUGCGGUAGUGAUUGAGGACACGGCAAAUGCUUCUAACGGCAAGAAAACAAAGAUAAAGGGGAAAGCCAACGUGAAGAGACGAGAGACGCUCAGUGGCAAAUGGCACAAUGUGGACGAGGGGCAUGCUGAAGGCUACGAAGGAGGUCGCGGAGAGUUCGAACUAGAGCUCGUUAGAGUGGACUUUACUCCAAUCUCUAUCAAGACGGAGAAAAUAGAUGACGACGACGACGCCAUCCACGCGUUUACUACCGGCGAGUACGAGCUGUCCGGCUGUGCUACGGACGCUGAGGGUUACGAAUACGCAUUCGAUCUGCAGCUACAGUUGCGUCCUAAGGGAAAGCUCCUUGGCAAGUGUAAGGAGCGUAUCUUCCACCAGACUAGUCCCGUAUUUGGACGCUGGAAUCCGUCGUGUAUCACGUAUGGACAGCAGUAUGUGGUGAAGCAUGAGGUGGGCAUGUACACGUACAGUGCUACGAUGGGGAGUGACGGCGCCGUGGUGAGAGGCUCGUGGGCGAACGUCGAGAAGGAGGCUGCUGCAGCUCCAAGCGAACACGGCACGUUUGCGCUAGUGCUGGUGAACUCUACGAGACAGUGGAGCACCUUCAGUCACGCCCAUUACCCGGCCAGAUUUCGACGUGCAGUGAUGACGACGCUCAUGGCGUCGGCUAGAACUCACAAGCUACCGGUGGCACUAUGGACGCACGUCUUGGCCUUCUGCAGCGAAACGUGGUUCACAUAG